GUGCUUGCAAUAAUGGACAAGAUUCCACUGGAAAGGGAAAUCAAGACCAUACAUCCGGGAAGAACUUUGAGUGAACGUUGAGUGCGGUGAGUCUUUCUUUUCAUCUUUCAGCACCUUCCAUGCCGCGGAGAUUGCUUCAAGAUUCGCUCGCUUAAAAAUUUAGUUAAUUCUUGCCGGCGGGAACUUUUUGAUGUUGGUUUUGACUCUCGUGAUCGCUUCUACCACACUCUCGCCGCCACACCUCACCUCGACCCGCUUGUUCUUGUUGCGUUAUUGUGGCGAGAACUUGGCCCAAAUCGAUAGUAUUAAAGAGCAAUCCUGUCUAUUUCUAGAGUGUAAGCACCCCCUGGAUAUAUAUACGAGUUUUCUUGGUCGAGUUUCGUCGCCAAGGGGGAUUGCGGGGAGAGGGGGGCGAGGAUCUCUUUUCCUACCCCGCGCCCUUCUCUUGUCAACAGACCUUUUUCCUCCAUAAUCUUCCCGAAACUCAUACAAUUGUAUCUCCUUGUAUUUGUUGCAACUUCAAGUUUUAUGUGAUUGAUGUUUUCCCACCGUUAUCCUCACCGCUAUGACUGUUACAAUUGUGCUCACAACGUAGCCUCAUCUUGCUGACCAUAUGUCGUAUGCGUUUGGUCAGUCAAAUGGGACUACCACGAUUUUCUGUCAACCGGGGCGGUGAGUUAAGUUAUUGAUAACCGAUGAUGCAAAAUGUAAUACUGAACAAGGAACCUCGUGUUAAAACAAUUACUAAGUGAAGUACAUGAAAGCAUCUCGUAUUCCUACCUUUUUCUAAGCUCUCGGUCAGACCAUUAGAAGUCAUGGGCUCAAUAAUAUGCAAGAGUUACCUCCCAAGAGAUUUCACACUGAAUUUUCAGCCAAUAAAAAACUUGUGUUCUCUGCUCUUGUGUCACAAAGAACGCCGGUUAAAUCCGUAUCUGGUCCGACGUAUCUGUUUCGAUAUCCGGUCUUCAAAUUUUCCAUUUCGGGUAAAGAUAUUCAGGUACAUUUUCUCGUAUUGUCCAAACAAGAAACGUCACUUCGAACAAUCAUUCGUCUGCGUGUUUCCUCCCUAAGCAGUCAAUAUUCAUCGAGGCCUACUUAUGUAUCACGCGUUCUCAUGAACUAUAAAUCUGAUACUUACCACUUUCAUUUUCUUAUACAACUUCAAUUCAGAAGGUCCAAUUUUGAAGAUUUCUUGGAAAAUUACCCUCACUGAAUUAUCUUUGCCAAACUCAUGAUGGUAUCCAUUCAAAUCCUCUCCCUCUUACUCUGGACAUUUGGUCUUACGGCCGCUCUGGGGGACAAUAAAAGAGAUAUCAUACCCACUGGGCCAGUUUACAAAUUGAUAGCAAAAGGAAAUGAUGGAGAUACUCGUUUUGAUGGUCUUGAACGUAUGAAUUCCACGAGACUCUUCUACUUGAUGCAGUCUUUGACUAAUUGGGUUUCCUGUUUCACAGUAACGGCCUACCACUCCUUCGCUGGCCAAGCCGACGCCGUAUUCACAAAUAAAACCAACUUCGCAGGAGGCUGGCUCAACGACACCACACCACUAUUCCAUUUCGGAGGGCCCAAUGAUUGGCAAGCUGGUCUGAACCUGAAUUACAGCACCGUUGAAAUGUACGAUGCUUGGUAUGUUCCCUCAUUCCAUCAAUCGCUGUAA